GUCUGCACCGCGCAGGGGCGCAUCCCCCCCGGAGGAGGGCUGGGAGCGGCCGGCUCCGGGGGGAGCGGGCUGGCGGUGCUCCCGAGGAGGUGGCGGCGGGGAAGCCUCGCUCGAUUGUUCUGCGGCUAUUGAUCCGCCUCCCUCCGAGGAUCCCAGUGGCUCGGUGACCCUCCCUCCCGCCGGUCCCCUCCCUCCCUGGCGCCCGCCUCCCCUCCGCGGUGCACGAUCCCGACGCGGCCGCGCGGCGCUCUUCCUCCCUGGCCUCGGGCUCCUGGAAUCCUCAAGUUAUUAGGAGAAAUAAGGUAGCCGAGGGGACCACAUGGAAGUUGUGACGGCUCCCGGCGGCGCACCCCUUUCGGCCGAGCACUCCCUCGCCCUGGGAAUCACCCGCUGACACGUUGAAUGAAGGAGGGCCCCUUGCCAGUCAGCCUGCCGGGAUGGGCCACUGCUGGUGCAAGCCUUAUUACUGCCUCCCGUGCCUGGACAAGACGAAUGAAAGUGCCCUUGUGAAAGAGAAAGAGCUGUCAAUCGAACUUGCAAACAUCAGGGAUGAAGUUGCCCUCAAUACAGCCAAGUGUGAGAAACUACAAAAGGAGAAGGAAGAGCUGGAGAGGCGCUUUGAGGACGAGGUGAGGAAGCUGGCCUGGCAGCAGCAGGCGGAGCUGCGGGACCUGGAGGGGCGGUUGCAGCUGCAGUUCGAGGCAGAGAUGGCGCGUCUCCAGGGCGAGCACAGCACCCAGCUGCUGCGGCUCAGGUGUCAGCACCAGGAGCAGGUAGAGGACAUCACCGCCAGCCAUGAGGCUGCUCUCCUAGAGAUGGAAAGUAACCACACAGUUGCCCUUGCAAUCCUGCAGGAUGACCACGACCACAAAGUCCAAGAAUUGAUGUCUACCCAUGAGCUUGAAAAGAAGGAAUUGGAAGAAAAUUUUGAAAAGCUGCGGCUGUCCUUACAGGACCAGGUAGACACGCUGACCUUCCAGAGCCAGUCUCUGCGGGACCGAGCCAGACGCUUCGAGGAGGCUUUGAGGAAAAACACUGAAGAGCAGCUGGAGAUUGCUCUGGCUCCUUACCAGCACUUGGAAGAAGACAUGAAGAGUCUGAAGCAAGUAUUAGAGAUGAAGAAUCAGCAAAUACACCAGCAGGAAAAAAAGAUUCUUGAGCUGGAAAAGCUGGCAGAAAAGAACAUUAUCCUGGAAGAAAAGAUCCAAGUUCUCCAGCAGCAGAAUGAAGACCUCAGAGCCAGGAUCGACCAGAACACCGUGGUCACGAGACAACUGUCGGAGGAAAAUGCUAACCUCCAGGAGUACGUUGAGAAAGAAACUCAGGAGAAAAAGAGAUUGAGCCGAACCAACGAAGAGCUGCUUUGGAAGCUCCAAACUGGGGACCCAACCAGCCCGGUUAAACUGUCGCCUACGUCCCCCGUUUACCGCGGCUCCUCAUCUGGGCCCUCCUCCCCCUCCAGACUUAGCACCACGCCCAGAUGACGUCACCACGCAGCCUGGCCCACCGCGUGCUUCCACCUGCAGGGAGGAGGGACCAGGGGCUGGCCCGGCCCUGCGCGCAUGCUCAGUAGCUGCAUAGCUGCAUCCUAGACGGUCUAAUGAUGCUCGUGUGAGACUGUCCUCGUAUUGGCACCUAGGAAAGUGUAAAUGGUAGUGUCUGAUGUGCAAACGUUUGACCGUAGUUAGAGCCAAAAGAAAGAAAAAAAAGAAACUCCAGUUCUUGGGCAAUGAACUUUAACUGCAGAAUUUCAGGUUAGUUACAAAUAGCUCAGUUUUGAAUAUACAUUGAAUAAUCAUUGUGUACUGCACCAAUAUGUGUGUAUAUUUAGAUAUACAUAUAUACACACGCAGCGGUUCUGAAUUGCAUUUUUUAUAACAUGAAGUGCUGACAUAUUUUGGUGAAGGUCAGCAGUUUUCUAACUUGUGCCUAAGAAUUAUUGGGAAAUGAAAAUGCAUUUCUAUCUAGCUUCCCGGGGAAUAUUUCUACCCAAAAUAGAAAAAAGGAAAAAAAAAAAA